AUGAAACGUGUCCAAAUUCCAGCAGUUGUGUACGGGCCGGACCCAGGAUCGUGCCGGCUUCUGGCGUGCGUCUACCGGCUACUGACUAGGCCGGUCCGCAACUCGAUGGCCGGCCUAGGCUUUCGACUGCGACCGUUUUUGGCGGGUGCCAUUUUCACUGUGUUUGUUUUCUAUUUGACCGGCGUCAGUUUUCGACCGACACAAGUGGUCGAUCUGACAUCACGACGGAAUGAAGACCGAUUACCAUUGAUUCAGAGCAAGGAUGGCCGAGUAAAUGUGUCGUCGCCGUUGAUUUUUAUUGGUGGAAUUCCGAGGAGUGGGACAACGUUGAUGAGGGCUAUGUUAGAUGCACAUACAGAGGUUAGGUGGUAAGUUGUAGUCUUUUUUGUCUUUGAAAUGAACUUAUAUAAUAGUGAAGUUAAGAAAAAAAUGAAAUUUUAGAUUGUCCUUUUUGAUAAUCAAUUGAUAUUAGGGCUUCGAAAAAGUCUUGUCGCUUUUUAACGUGAAAAGUAAUGUAAAUUUACGCAAAGACUUUCGACACUUUAACAUCACUUUAAAUUUUGAAUGUAGAGUAAAUAGAAGGUAAAAUACAAGUCGAAUUUUAUUUUAUGCUACGUUUAGAUACGCGUUUCAAAAACUUGGGACGAAAUGUCAAAAAAACGCGUUAAAAAGAAAAAAUAUUCGUUUUGAGCUCUUCUCGAUAUUGUUUUAGAUUUUUAAUGUUGUUUUAUGGCAUAAUUCUUAGCUAAAAUAUUAAAAAUAUGUUUUUCUGUUUUUAAAAUGUAUAUUGAGUAAAAUGUGCUAAAUCUAUUGACGUUUAACUUGCAUUUUCUAUGUUAUGUUAUAUUUUUCUUCUUUUGGAGGUUUUCAUGUUUAUCUCUUUCCGUUUACAUGUUUUAAGCUACUAAAACCCAACCUAAAUGAUUCAAACAGCAAGAAUAAAGCCUUUUAUUGCUUUCAAGAUAAAUACUUUUGUAUUUUACUUCUAAUUUUAUGAAUUUCAGUGGCGAAGAAACAAGAGUGAUACCUAGAAUUCUCGGCCUCCGAUCAGCGUGGAAGAAGAGCGAAAGAGAAUGGAAAAGGCUACAAGAAGCUGGAGUUGUGGAUGAAGUUAUCAACAGUGGAGUUUCUGCUUUUAUUAUUCAGGUACUGUUAUUGCCGUUAUCAAUUUUUGAAUCAUUUUAGUUAAAAUUUUUAAAGUUUGAUUUUUUUGAAAUUUUUGAUUGACUGCCAUUUUAAAAAUGAUAUUUUUUGGCUGAAUAUGACAGCAAUGAUUCUUCUAUACCUUUUUACUUACUUAAUUUCUAUAAUUAAGUCUCUGUAUUAUUCAUAAAAUGACGAGUUGUUGUCUAUACCUAUAUCAAUAUAACCAAUUCAUGUAAUUACAGAUCAUUGCCGGCCAUGGAGCCCCAGCCAAGCGUUACUGUAACAAAGAUCCGUUCACCUUAAAGUCUACAGAAUAUUUGUCAGAGAUAUUUCCGAAUUCUAAGUUUAUCUUUAUGAUAAGAGAUGGUAGAGCGACAGUACACUCGAUUAUAUCAAGGAAAGUGACAAUUACUGGCUUCGACUUGUCCAGCUAUCGACAGUGUUUGGAACGAUGGAACGCUGGCAUCAGUAUGAUGUAUGAACAGUGCGCGAGUGUAAGUCUUUGUCGCGCUUUUGGGUAGAUUUUUUUAAAUUUAUGGUAGGGUUAAGUAAGGCUAUGGUAAGAUAAGGUAGGGUAGAUGUAGAUAUUAGCUAUCGAGGUUAUACAAAGCCAAGCUAUACAAAAGUCUGUAACUAUAAGGUACUAUAAGAUAGAGUUAAAGGCAAUUACUAUGACAUUUGUGUUUCAGGUAGGACCAACAAAAUGUAAGAUGGUACACUACGAAGAACUGGUACUACAUCCAGAAAGAGAAAUGCGACAAAUAUUGGAAUUUUUGGAUUUACCAUGGGAUGACAGAGUACUACAUCAUGAGAUGCUAGUUGGAAAGAAAAUCGCGCUUUCAAAGUAAGGGACUUUACAUUUGGAGCUAUACCUAUAUCUACUAGCCAUAUAAAUUUAAAAUAUUUAGAAAAUUUAAAUUUUUCAAAAUUUUUGUGAUUUCGAGUAUCAUUAUACUAUUUUUCUAGGACCGAACGAUCAACCGACCAAAUCGUGAAGCCAGUAAACCUGGACGCUCUGACCAAAUGGGUUGGUGCUAUUCCAGACGAUGUGGUACAAGACAUGGCUUCAAUAGCACCAAUGUUAUCUACCCUCGGCUACGAUCCACAUGCCAAUCCUCCAAACUACGGCAAACCGGACGACAUUGUCAUCAAAAAGACCAACGAUGUGAGAGAGAAUGGACAGGAGUGGUACAAGAAGGCGGUGGCAGUGGUAAAUGACCCCGAGAGGGUGGAUAAGCCUCACAACUAUCGACGAGACGUGGGCCAAGUUCAACAAGUUGACAAUGAGAAUGUUGUCAAAGCUCCGAGGGCACAACGAGUAGUGGACAACUUGUAUAAUAACUAG